AUGAAAAUCACCACCGUACUAUCACUGUUCGUGCUCAGCGCCGAGGCAACGCAGUCUGCGCCUCAACAAACAACCCACGCCCAGCAACAGCUCAACAACCUGAAAAGUAGCAAACCCCCUGCCUACACGCCCAUUGCGACACCAGCGCCAAACCAGGACGAGGUGUUGCGCAGCAAGGGCUUCUAUCAGACGACUGUCUACAAAUGCCAGACCAGGCGAGAUGGGGACGAAAAGUGCGGGUGGUACACGCCAAUUUUGAAGGCCGAGGCGAGAAGGGAGCUCAGCAUGGGUGUGGUCUUGGGCACCGUGAGCGGCGCAGCUCUUAUAUUCGUGCUCGGCCUACUUUGA